CAUUCUCGUCCCCUCCCCACCCUUCUCCUCUCCGUCGCCGUAGAACGUAGAUCCACCGCCCCGCCGCCGCUGCCGACGACGACGACGAUGGGCUGCGUGCUGGCGCUCACCGACGACCUCCUCGCGGACAUCCUCAUCCGCCUGCCGUCGCCGGCGGACCUCGCGCGCGCCUCCGCCUCCUGCGCCUCGCUCCGCCGCAUCGUCACCUCCCCGCGGUUCCUCCGCCGGGUCCGCUCCCUCCACGCCCCGCCCCCGCUCGGCGUCUUCGUCCCCGACGCCGCCGCCGGGUUCUUCCCCGCCCUCCCGCCCAACCCCGCGGCCCGCCCCGCCCGCGCGCUCGCCCUCGCCGCCGACUUCUCCUUCGCCUUCCUCCCGGCCCCCGCGCGCGCCUGGCUCGUCCGCGACCACCGCGACGGCCGCUUCCUCCUCGACCGCGCCGCGCCGGCCGGCUCCACGGCCUUCACCGAGGUCGCCGUCUGCGACCCGCUCUCCCGGCGCUGCCUCCUGCUCCCGCCCAUCCCCGACGCCCUCGCCGCCUCCGUGGACAACCCCUACCUCCAGCGCGGCGGCGACGACGGGGGGCUCCAGUCGCGCAGCAACGAGAUCUUCCUGGCCUCCCGCGGCAACGACGACCGCGGCGAGGAGCUGCCGCUCGCCGUCAUCUGGAUGGCCUGCUGCCGAGGGAAGCUGGUCGCGUUCUACUUCUGCUCUGGAUCUCGGGAAUGGAGCGCGCUUUCGCCGCCGGUGCACCACGCGCUGAGCAUGCGGAGGGUCAUGGGCGUCCGACUGGGGCAACGCAACCAUGCCCAUGGGUGCUUCUACUGGAUGAUAACUCUCACCCGGAGGUGGCUCGUGCUGGACGCCCGCAAAAUGGAGUUCUCCAUCCUCGACAUUUCUCCUGUCCUGGCAGGCCGCUCGAUGAUGUUCAGUAAUCAGAUCACCACUCUGGAGUCAGGGGAAGGCAGGACAACCGUUGUGGUUUCGGAUCUUUUUAGGGCGGAUAAAAGAUGUGUCCUCUACUUUUAUUCGUUCAUGCAUUUCAGUGACCGGUGGCAGCUGCAGAACAAGAUCACCUUGCCCGAGGAAUGGGGAGACCGGUUUCGAGGCAUCAUAGGUGCAUUUGAGGGCUGCUUAUACAUAAAACUAGAUCAUCCAAAGCAGAAUUUGGGAGAUCCUGUUGAGCAAAAUGUCACAUACUUUUGGUUCGAUCUCAAGACUAUGCAGGUUGGUAGGUUCACUGAGAUAAGUUCUGCUACUGUGAACGAAGCCUACCUUUACAUGGGGUUUCCCCCAUCACUGUCACUUCCUAGUGUUUGAUGCGAUGGACGACCGAUUUCUGGAUUGGCUGGUUCAUUGGAGCUGGAAAAGGGUGCAUGAGUAAUGUGUCACUCUUUACAGCCUCACUGUCUUUACUAGCAUUUUUGUAUCGGUACAACUGUUAUGGGGGAAUUGUUGCAGCCCUGGAAGUGGGGAAUAGAAGAGGAUUCACUUGGAUUCAUUUUUGAGGAACACCAAUUCAAGAGGAUUUGGAUGAUCAUUUAAUGUUUCAUUGUUCCCAUACAGUCGUACCAGCAGUUAUAUGUCACAGCUAGGGUCUGAUCGAGCCCAGUCGAGUGUUGAUGCAUGCAAAUUUCAGCUGUAUGCAUUAGUUCCUAGUUGGAGUUUUGCCUUCAACCAUUAGAUUUCCUGAGGUUCAAUGUUGUAUGUACUAUGUAGUGCUUUUGUUAGAUUGAGGUGUCGUAUUUAUUUCCAUAUACACUUUAGAAAAAUUCUACUUUGCAAGGUGUAGUACUGUAUUCCAUAUACAUUUACCUGAAAUGCCAGUGGUACUAAUAGUAUUUGUACUAAGGCCAUCUAUAUUCUAGGUGAGGAAUGGACAGUCAGUGAGGCUAAUGAGUCAUGGGCUCGAAAACCAUGCAUAAUGGUGCUUCUACUAGAUUGUUCCUCUCAUGUGGAAGUGUACUGUAAUAGAUAUGCAAACAAUGGGGUUCACCAUCUUGACAAUCUUGUUAUCAUGUCAGACUAUCUAGCUGCAUUCAAUUAAUCAGAUAAUUUCACAGAAGCCAGGACAAAGUCGUUACCAAUAUUGUCUACGAUUUCUUUCUGCUGGAUGAAGCAUGUCUAAUUUUUCUGUAUGUUCAUGCAUAAGUCUGCCAAGUGGCAUUUGCUGAACGUGAUCACCUUGUGAAUUGUGGCUUCAGUUUAUGGACAUCACAAGGUGCAUGCAUAUCCCAAGGAAUUCAGCAUAUGAGAGUGGAACAUCCGGCUGAAUAUUUCUUGCUUUAUGUUUGUCAGAAUUGCAUUUCUACAACUGUUUCCCCAUCAUUGCCGGUUUUGUCACUCUCAGUAUAUGAUGUGGUAAGUUUGCUCCUGUUCCUUUUCUUCUCGUUCACAGACUCUGUUUGAUGGUAUUAUGUGGUCUUAUAAUGGAUGUUUGUGGUAGUUUUGAUACUGAAAUAAUAUUUGUUCUACUGAACUAUAAAAUCUUGGUGGUUUUAGAGGCGACAUAAAAAAACAGAAUAAAUGCCCCUAAUUUUUGUAAAACAAGACAUUUUAACUCCGUUUGUGUUGUGCUAUCUCUAACUGAAAAUCACUGAAAUCGUUGUCUUGAAUUCUUUCAAGCAGCACAUAAUCUUUGUACUAAUCAUGCAUUGCUACACUAUGGUAUGUACUAUGUAGCUAUCAUGUAUCCACUAUUGAGCUUGCACAAUGGACAGGAUGAUAUUUAAACCACAAUUAUUGAGCUUGCACAAUGGACAGGAUAAUAUUUAAACCACAACUAGCAUCAAACAUUGCUGCAGUUAACACAUAGUAGAAUGUAUCUACUAAGAUAAUAGACAUGCACAGUUGAUGCAAAGUACAAUAGAUCAAUAGACUAUCCGUUGUUUCAUGAGGGGCAUUUAGCCUUGAUUCCUUCUAUAUGUUGAUACAUGAGCUAAGAUUAAAUCCGUAUAAGGUGGGACUUCCUAAUGGAUGCUCUUUGAUAUAUGCGGCAUAUCAUCUUGCUAUUGUCCUGUUCACCUUCCUCCUAAGCACAUCCAUUCCUUGUGUGUGUUUGCAUCCUUAUUUCAUCCUCAAAGAUGAGUGCAUCCUUCAUUUGGGGUAAAAUUACAUUUGUUCUUCGGUGACACAUGGUAUGUUUAUGAAUGUGUUGAAAAUUAACCCUAACUUCGUUAUUUCUGUAACAUCGCAUCCUACAGACGUGGAUUGACAUCACUGAGUGGGGACAUGACAACUGCUAACCAUUCAUUAACGAUGGCAGAAGCAACAUAGAGGAUAAUGACUAUCGUUGGCACAGGAGACCUACUGGAAGAACAAGAGCUGUAGUAUAUCAUGGAAACCCUUUGCUUCUAUCCUAUGGCCCUACCCCAGUAUGAAUCAUCCAGCCAUGAACUACUCUAUUCACUGGCUUCCUGGUAGUAACAAUGCUUGUGUUGAACGUGAACCAUGAAGCAAAGCAACCUGAUCAUCUGGCAGUUGCUGUUUGGUUUGAGUUCUCUCUAGUAAGGUGGUGGCUCUUGCGCUGGGUAAGUGUAGACUUGAGAAGAGGACCGGUGGUUAGGGAUUGAUGCUGCUGAAUGUUGUUGUAUCUGAAGCUUUGUGGAUGUGUUGAAUGGACUUCAGGUAAAAAUGUUUCCUACCAUGGAGAGAAUGGACAAUAAGCCACAUAUUAUCCAUUUGGUGAUUGGAUUGGAAAUCCUCAAACCCGGGCUGUCAAUAUUUGUGUCAUUUGAAAAAUUACCUGUCUUCAUGCCACAUUCAAGUACGUCCUGGUCAAUCUUGAGGCCCAUCUUAUUGGUCUCAGUUGAGUGACUGGAAACUAUUCUACCAGGCACCAGCCUCUGUUUUUUUU